AUGUGGUAUAUGUACGUGCUGAUUCUACCCCUGGUAAAAGCCGUACCACUGGAUGAUGAAUGCUAUAAGUCAUCCGUAGAAUCAUUUGAAGGUAUUACUGUUGAUGAUUACGGAUACUUUCAUCAGGUAGUUCUCAAAUGUUUGGGAAAGGAUGCUAAUGUCGAAGUUAGUGACUUCAUGAAUUGCGUAAUUAGCCACAACAAGUGCAACGUGGAUUGGCAUAGUUUGGUUAACUGGAGAUACUGCGUUUGUGACACUUUCCUUAAUGCUGUAAGUGACUGUGUCACUAAAUGGAUUAUUGAUGGUCACAUAGGCGAUUUAGACUGCAUAAGUAAAUUAUUUAAUGAUGGCUCCAAGUGUUUAUUAAAGCAAAAGAUAUACUGA